UCUUACCAAAAUUCAAGGUCAUGAAUUAGGACACAUCCCACUAAACAUAAUUAUAGUAAUGAAUGGGAAGUAUGUCUAAAUAAACUGAGUAUUGAAUGCCUACAUAUCUUUUAUGUUUUCGAUUUCAUUGAAUUUCUUCCUAUUAGGGAUUGAAGACCUUAAAAAAAUCAGUUGUCAAUGAUAUCAAUGAGCCUGGACUUUAAUUCACCGUGGGGAAUGGUUGUGUAUAAAGUUGAAAAGUGGUUGUAAUCCUUUCAUGGCGCGGAUAAGUACCUAAAAUCAUUUCAUCAAACAUAUUAAGGCCAGCCACAUCAUGUCUUUAUCCAAGUGCUAUAUCUCUACACCAGAAACAACAAACACUGCUCGACUGGCGAGACUUAUACUGGGUCCAUGUACUGAUGUGUUACGUGACGUUCUAAAGACAGAAGUGAAACCAUCUGAUUUGUCCAGAAAGGUUAAAGAAUUUACAGAUAAACUGCCACGUGGACAAAGAAAUCCACUCAAUAAAAUACAGUCAGAGAUUAUUUUCCCCAAAGCAACGAAUCAAUACAGUGGUGAUUAUUCAGACUUAGACAUAUCGUUAUUAUAUUUACUUCUACGCAAUGUGAGUAAGAUAGCACCACAUUCCAAAGGUUGGGGAGAGAUUCCGAAUCCCGCAGACAGAAGUGUUGCAGCCAACAUUGAAAGAAUUCGCCUCAUUAGGAAUCAGUAUUACGGACAUUCAGCUGAUCCGUCCCUGUCCGGCUCAGAAUUUAGACAGGAAUGGCGGAACAUCCGGGACAUUGUAGUGGAGCUAGAGCGACACCUUGGAGCAACCACGGUUUAUCAGGAUGCUGUCACCACGAUAAAAACCUGCUCCAUGGACCCAGAACAAGAGAAAAAAUACAUAGAUUUACUUGGAGAUAUCAGAGAACUUCAUACAACUGUGAAUAAUAUAUCGAAUAAAAUGCAGAUUAUUCAGGAUUCAGCGCUCCAAUAUGAUCCAAAAGUAGCAAGAAAGAUAGAAAUUACCCAGAAAAUGUUAAUAAAACAUAACGAAAAUAUGACACCAUUUUUUGUGAAAACUCGUGCGUAUAACAAGGCAAAGGAACUUUUAGAGGCUAAGAGGUACAUCAUUAUCAAGGGAAACCCUGGAACUGGAAAAACAACAAUAGCCAAGAUGUUAAUGAAAGAAUUGAUGGAGGAAGGCAAAUCAGCUCUUCAACUUCAAAAAUUCACAGAUCUGUAUGAAAGCGUAUCACCAGGUGAUGGUACAGUAGUAUUAAUUGAUAAUGUGUUUGGAGAAUUUUCUUUUUCCAGCGGUGAUAUUAAAGACUUGUCAGCAACAGCUGAAUUGGUAACAAUUUUAAUUGAAAAUGUAACAGAUUGCAAAUCAAACAAUUUGAUAUUUACAAUUAGAAAUGAUAUAUACAAUGAAUACGUAGGUAUGGUACACAAUGAUACUUUUUUUGUGUCGUCAAUGGUUGAUAUAUCAGAUAAAACAUAUGCUUUACAAGAGGCAGAAAUCCUCCAGUUAGCUGAUAAAUAUGAUUUAAAAAAUACCAUAGAAAAGCAGGAUCUUCUCCGCAAGGUUCACGAAAUGCCUAUAUGGAUAGGAUUUCCGCAAUGUUGUAAAUUAGCCAAAAGCAAUGCUGUUAUAAAACAAAAAAUAUCUGACUUUUUACUAGAUCCUAAGAUGUUUUUGAGAGAAUAUUUCAAAAUUCUUAUAAAAACCCAAACUUCAAAAUCAGCUGUUCUCGCCUAUCUUCUUCUAAGUG